UCAUCUGAGGGUGUGACGCAUGGAUUUCAAACAUGUCAUUUUGUUUCCUCCCAGCUGAGGAAGUCUUACGGAGAUGUCUACAGUAUUUUCAUCGGUUGUAAACCAGCUGUAGUCAUCAAUGGUGUAAAGGCCAUGAAGGAGGCUAUGGUGACCAAGGCUGCUGAUUUUGCUGGACGACCUCAAGGCUUGUUCGUUAAUGAGCUCAGUGAUGGGAAAGGAGUCAUUAUGGCAGAUUAUGGCUCUAAGUGGAGGGAACAGCGUCGCUUUGCUUUGAUGACUUUGAGGAACUUUGGUCUGGGAAAGAAUUCAAUGGAGGAGAGAAUUCAUGACGAGAUCAAACACAUCAUCGGUACCCUGGAAAAGAACAUUGGUAAAACAAUGAGCCCUAAGGUUAUGUUUCAUAAUGCAGCCUCCAACAUCAUCUGCCAGGUUCUGUUUGCUAGACGCUACAAGUACGAUGAUGAGUUAAUCAAACUGUUUGUUGAAGUCUUUACCGAGGUUUCAAAGAUAGUCAAUGGACCGUGGGCCACGCUGUAUGACUCUUUUCCUAUAAUACGUAACCUGCCACUGCCCUUCCAAAAGGCCUUUAAGAAAAUGGAGAUUUAUAAGAAUCUUUCACGUCACAUGGUGAGCGAGCACAGAGAGACUCGAGUUCCCGGAGAGCCACGAGACUUUAUUGACUGCUACCUGGAUGAACUGGAGAAGAGAGUUGAUGAAGAGUCUUCAUUUUCAGAAGAAGAGCUCAUUAUGUACUCGCUGAAUCUUCACUUCGCUGGGACUGACACCACCUCUAACACGCUUCUUACUGGUUUUCUUUACCUGAUGAACUAUCCACACAUACAAGAACGAUGUCAGCACGAGAUAGACCGAGUGUUAGACGGGAAGGACCACGCCAGUUUUGAAGAUAGACACAAUAUGCCCUACGUGCAGGCAGUGAUUCAUGAAGUACAGAGGGUUGCCAACACUGUUCCUCUCAGCGUCUUCCACUGCACCACCAGGGACACAGAGCUCAUGGGAUAUUCCAUUCCCAGGGGUACAGUAAUUAUCCAGAAUCUGACCUCAGUACUCAACGAGGACGGACAGUGGAAAUUCCCUCAUGAAUUCAACCCAGAAAACUUCCUAAAUGACCAAGGAGAGUUUGUUAAACCAGAGGCUUUCAUGCCUUUCUCUGCAGGUCCUCGGGUGUGUCUCGGAGAGGGUCUGGCUCGUAUGGAGCUCUUCCUCAUCAUGGUGACUCUGCUGAGGAGAUAUCAGUUCAUCUGGCCCGAGGACGCAGGAGAACCAGACUUCACUCCGGUCUACGGGAUCACCUUAACUCCCAAACCUUUUAGCAUGAAGAUCCAACUCAGGACACCACAGUGAGAUGGUGUGCAGACGCUGUAGCUCAGUGACUCAGAUAAAAAUAGAGUCAUACUUAGAAUUGAAUAAAAAAAAAUUCUGCUGCCUUAAAGUCAACAGUCACAAAAGUAAAAUAUACAUAAAUUGGGCGAGUGCACCUAUCCCAACAUAGGGUUUGAUCCUUAAUUAGUCUCUAAACUAUGUAUUAGAUUUUCCCAAAUACUGCAGCGGCUACCCUGUGGCAACGCUUUGUGUGAUUUGGAGCUAUAUAAAAAAAAACCUGACCAACAGUCGUCCAACAUCUAAUUUGGAAAAAAAAAAGAUGUGUGAAUGUGA